AUGGCGUCUAUGGUUUUAAGAUGUCAAUAUAAGGGUGGAAGACGCAAUAAUCUGGAAGGACUUUCUACCAGCUCCACUGUUGCUGAUUUGCAGGAGAAGAUAUGGUUAUUGACAGAUGUUCCACCACAUGCACAGAGAAUUCUUUCAGGAUUUCCACCAAAACAGCUGAUCUGUGGAGAUAAGAGUGACUCUUUGUCUUCACUUGACAUCCGUUCAGGAGACACUCUUAUCAUUGAGGAGGAUAAAAAAGCACCAAGAGUAUUGAUAGAUAGUUACAAGAGAUCUUUAGGAAGUGCUGCACUGGGAAAACUGACAAGGAAAGUUGUUCCAGCUGAUAAUUCCUGCUUGUUCACAAGUGUUAGUUAUGUUAUGCUGGGCGACACCUCCUUUUCUUCUGAAUUGAGAAAGCUCAUUGCACAGUGUGUUUCAAAUGAUCCUCAGACAUUUAACACUGCUUUCCUGGGCCAAGACAACUCAGAUUACUGCAACUGGAUAUUGAAUAAAGACAAUUGGGGAGGAGCAAUUGAGCUGUCAAUUUUGAGUAAGCAUUACCAAACAGAGAUUGCUGUUGUUGAUACUGAGACUGGGAGAGUUGACAGAUAUGGUGAAGGCAUUGGCUAUAGAAAAUGUGUAUAUCUGAUCUAUGACGGCAUUCACUAUGAUCCACUCGGUGUGCAAAGUUCUGACAGUACAGCAGAACCACUUCAGACUGUUUUCCCUGUUGGAGAUGACAUGCGACUGGCUGAAGCUCUCGAAAUUGCUGCAGGGGCUCAGCAGAAACGACAAUUCACGAACCUAUCCCAAUUUUCUAUCCGCUGCCUCGUUUGUGGAACACCGCUGACUGGGCACCAAGCGGCUCAACAGCACGCAAUAACCACAGGUCAUACCAACUUCGGAGAAGUCUGAACAGGCCUUGAGGUUUGGUGGUUUGGACUUUUGCCAGUUUCUUCCUGGAUUCCGAAUGCGGACAGAUAAAGGCUUGGAGUUACGCUUUCCUUAGCGCGCCAAAAUGCGGUUUCCCAACAAGUCGUCCAGAAGUCAUCUCGUCCGAAGUUAUGUCGCCUGGAACCUGAGUCAUGCCGCCCGAAAUUUUAGUAAUGUCGCCCCCAAAAAAAUAGUCAAGUCGCCCGAUUUUUUUAUCACCAAAAUGGCAUAUUUUUAGAACGUGCUUAAGGUACCGAUCGAUCGAAACGCCUUUUUGGAGCAUUUGCUUACGUUACGUUAAAUUCCGGGCAGGACUCAGGCUCCGGGCGAGAUGACUUCCGGGCGACUUGACCAGUUACUAGGUGAAUAGAAGUGGUGUGAAGGUGUGCUCACGAGAAAUGCUGCGUCUGACCACAGAGUAAACGAAGUCUAAACGCAAAAUGAACGCAGUCCGCAGCUUAAACUUCAAUUUUACGAACACUUGCGCGAAGAACUGGAAUAAGGAUUUAGAGAGUUCCUAUCGUUACCAAGUGUCAAGUUCGCCAAAGAAUUUAAACGAGUCGUUACGAAUAUUUAUUGCUGUAUAAAAAACCUGAAGAGAAUGCAAUUUUUG